UGUUUUUAUUAACUGGAUUAUCCAAUAUGAAUAAAACAUCAUUCACGGAACGAUAUGAUAAACUUGGUUUAUUAUCUAAUAGUUAUUCAUUUCAAUGGGAAACUAAUUCAUUUCAUACUAUCAAUAUAAAAUCUAAUAAUGAUAAUAAAUAUAAAUCAUUUCUAUUAUUUUUAUAUAAUACAACAAAAUGUAAAAUUGAAAAAACAUUUAAUACAUUACAAUGUUAUCAUAAAUUAAUAAUACAAAAAUCCAAUUAUUCAUUGGAUAAAGAAAUAAACGAUAAAUCAAUACUUAUUCAAUUGAAAAAAAUCGAUAAUAAUAAUAAUAAUAAUAAACAAUGUAAUACUUACUCAAAAGAGAAUAUAAUUGAAUCAAAUUCUGAUUAUAUAUCUAACGAUAAUAGUUUAAAAUCAAUCGAUUCAUUAUAUAAUUCAGGACGUAUUAUACAUCGAAAACAUAUAAAAUAUCGUCAAUGGAAAAAUAAAAUCAAUAUCAAACAUAAAAAAGCAUGUAUAAAUAUAAAAAUCAAUGAAAAAUCAAUAAAUGUUAAUAAUAAUAAUAUAUUGAUUUUUAAUAAUGAUUCACAAUCAAUUGAUCCUAGAUAUUCAUUAAAAAAUGUAGUAAAUUAUAAUAAAAUAUCAAAUAUACAUAAACAAUAUUUAUUUGGUCAAUUAAUGAAUGAUAAUCAAUGGGAUUUAUUUUUAUGUUUAUUAAAUACUGAUAUAAAUAUUAAUUCAAUACAAAAAAAGAUUAAAUUAUCAAAUAAUAAUUAUGAGUUGAAUAAACAUGAAACAAUAAUGAUUGAAAUAUAUCCAUCAGUUAUUGAUCUUUUUCUAAGAAAUAUUCCAUCGAAUCUAUCUUCUUCUUCUUCUUCUUCUACAAAUGGAAUUUAUUCCAUAAUACUUUCAUGUCUUCUUGAUCAUGGAGCUAAUAUUCAUAAUAUAAAUCAUUUUUAUCAAUAUACCUAUAAUGGUGGUAUUCAAUUAAAUACUUUAUCUUAUAUAUUUGAACUAAUUGCAAUACAAUUAAAUCAUAGUUUACAAAUAAUAAAUAUUAUAAACAAUUCUCAAUUUAUUGAUAAUGCUGGUCUAUUAAGACAAUUAUUAAAUUCUGGUAUGAUUCCUACCAAAUUAUUUUUUCUUAUUUAUACUAAUAAAUUAUUCAUAUUUAAUAUAAAAGAAUCAAUCAUUCUUAAUCAUAAUAAUCAUAAUAAUAAUAAUACAACUCAAAUAUAUAAAAAUCAUUUUUAUCCACUACUUAUAUAUGAAUUAGUAAAAUGGAAUAUUUCUAAUCAAAAUACAACACAAUAUCUUCCAAUCAUAUUACAAUCAUUUAUUGUAUUAUUUUUUAAUUUUAUAUAUUCUGGAUUAUGUAAAUUACCUGAAAAUCUAUAUGAUAUAAUCGAUAAUAAUUUAAUAAAUCAAUAUAAUGAUUAUCAUACUAAUAAUAAACAUAAUAAUCAAUAUAAUGAUAAAGAUUACAAUAUUAAUAAUCAAUAUUAUUUAUCAUAUUUUAAUUAUUAUCAUAAUAAAUUUUUACAACUUAUUAAUAAACAACCAUUUAGUUUAUUUGUACAAUGUAGAUAUAAAAUAAGAAAUCAAAUAGAUAAAAAAUAUUUUAAUAAAUUAAUUAUGAAUUCAAAUAUAUUUAAUAAUGAUAAUAAUAAUCAUUUUAUGAUAAAUAAUGAAUUUUAUAAAAAAUUAAUUCAAUUACCUGAUCCAUUAAAACAUGCUAUUGGUUAUAUGGAAGGGAUACAUUUAAAAAAUGAAUUAUAUACUUUAACACAACCAAUGUAGUAUCAUUUUAUGUAUAUAUGGAUAUAUAUAUCGAUAUGAAUGGAUGAUGAAAUAGAAGUACAUCUCUUCAGCAUAAUAUUUAUCAAAUGAAAGGUAUAAACAUUUUAAAUGUGAAAAACAUUACCAACAAACGAUAAAACUAUUACUGUUAAAUGGAAACGUUUAAAAACGUUACUUGUAUACAAACCUUUUAAAAAUAAGGAAAAUAUUAUUAUGAAAGUGCUCAAUUGUCAUAAAAUUAUUUAAAAAAAAACAAGACAAAUGCUUAACUCUCAAACAGUUUAAGAUUUUGAUUGAGAUCAUGAACUGAUUGAUGUUAGACCAACAUUGAAAACCUGGAAGCACUGGA